AACGAAAUUUUGUAGGCGCCUGUCGGCAGCAGCUCAAGAAACCAAUUUACAUAUUUAAGCUUGUAACGUCCGGCAGCCAGAAGCGGACACACAGCUGUCAGUCGAAACAGUCGAGCAGUCGGGCAGUCAGUCAGUCAUUUAAAUCAAUAAGGCAAUACCAAUAGACGGCUCCAAUAGAGUGCACCGAAGCUGCAGCUGGAUCCGGACUUUGGCUGAUUGAAAUCGAAAAGCAGUUAGCAGUUCACACCUCAGCUGGCCGCAAGCAGCUAGAAAUAUGCGGCUGCCAUAUCGCAAUAAGAAGGUCACCCUUUGGGUGCUCUUUGGCAUAAUUGUCAUCACAAUGUUCCUAUUCAAAUUCACCGAGCUGCGCCCGACCUGUCUAUUCAAGGUGGAAUCCACAAACGAUGGACCCUCACAAAUGUUCCGUUUGGAGAAACACGUCACAGAUAACAAUAAUCGGGUCUAUGCAUACUACCGUGGGAUGCCAUUAAUAUUCAUAGGUGGUGUGCCCAGAUCUGGUACGACACUAAUGCGCGCCAUGUUGGAUGCUCAUCCCGAUGUGCGCUGCGGGCAGGAGACGCGCGUCAUUCCGCGCAUUUUGCAGCUACGCUCGCACUGGCUAAAGUCCGAAAAGGAGUCGCUGCGCCUGCAGGAGGCAGGCAUCACCAAGGAGGUCAUGAACAGCGCAAUAGCCCAGUUCUGCUUGGAAAUCAUUGCGCAACACGGCGAACCGGCGCCGCGCUUAUGUAACAAGGAUCCGCUGACUCUCAAAAUGGGCUCCUAUGUAAUCGAGCUAUUUCCCAAUGCGAAGUUUCUAUUCAUGGUGCGGGACGGACGGGCGACAGUUCAUUCAAUUAUAUCGCGCAAGGUGACAAUCACCGGCUUCGAUUUGGCCAGCUACCGACAAUGCAUGGAGAAGUGGAACCACGCCAUCGAACUGAUGCACGAACAGUGCCGCGACAUUGGCAAGGAUCGCUGCAUGAUGGUUUACUAUGAGCAGCUGGUGCUGCAUCCGGAGGAGUGGAUGCGAAAUAUCUUAAAGUUCUUGGAUGUGCCAUGGAACGAGGCGGUGCUGCAUCAUGAGCAGUUUAUCAAUAAACCCAACGGUGUGCCGCUGUCCAAAGUGGAGCGGUCAUCGGACCAGGUCAUCAAGCCGGUCAAUCUUGAGGCGCUGUCCAAGUGGGUGGGCCAUAUACCCGGCGAUGUGGUGCGCGACAUGGCUGACAUUGCGCCCAUGCUCUCCGUGCUCGGUUACGAUCCGUAUGCGAAUCCGCCAGACUACGGUAAGCCAGAUGCAUGGGUGCAGGACAAUACAUCUAAGCUAAAAGCCAACCGAAUGUUAUGGGAAAGUAAAGCAAAGCAAGUCCUGAUGAUGGAACCCAAAUCAGAUGAUAACAACAUCAACAUCCACAACAACAACAACAACAACAACAAUAUAAACAAUAAUAAUAAUAAUGAGGAUAAUACCAUUGAGAACAACAAUAGCCACAGUAAUGUCAACAACAAUAACAUGUUAAAUAUCAAUAAAAUAAUACCAGAGCAACAACAGCAGCAGCAGCGUCAUCAUCAGCAGGUUGAUCAGGAGCAGGAGCAGGAAGAGUCACAGCUGCUGCAGCAGCGGCAUCAACAACAAAAACAAAAGCCAAAGGAUGUCAUCACGAUAAAGCAGCUGCCGUCAAACUACAACAGCAACAACAAUAACAACAACAACAACAACAACAAUGGCAAGCAAUAUGUCGGUGCACUGGAAGACACAUGAUAUCCGCAUAUACCCAUAAGAUUACCGCGCGGCAAACAUUGAGACGACACACGGCAAAAUGACAGCAACAACAACAACAGACAACCAUCAAAUGUUAGCAAACCAAUUUCAAAUUGUAUUAUCAAGAGUGUAAGCACAUGUAUGUGCAUCAUUUCCAUAUAAAUACGUAGAUGUAUGUAUGUUCAUAUAUAAAGUUAUAUAUACGCAUAU